CUUGAACCCUUCUCUUGCUCUACAUAUCUAGCUAUCUCUCUAGCCACACAAAGCUUGCUCGGCAACAAUGGCUGCAGGUGGAGCUUCCUUUCUUGCUGCUGUUGCUGUUUUCUCCAUGCUGAUUAUGUCGUCCCUGGGGAAUCCGAAGCCUUUAUGCAGUGACUGUGGGACGUUGUGCAGUACCAACUGCAACGCGGAGGCUAACACCUCCUGCAACGCCAGCGGUAACUGUUACAACCCUCGGGAGGACUGCCAGAAGCAGGUUUUCGAUGGCUGCACCAGAGAUGGUUUCUGCUGCAGCAGCAACGGCACCUGCACUUGUGACUGCAACACUGUAGCUCAAGAACGUUGCAGCAGCGUCACCGACGGCUCUGUACGUUGUGAUUCUUGCAAGCGUGCCAUGUUCGACCAGUGCUAUCCCACCUGUGUCAGUGACUGCAACACCAAGUGCAAGAAGAAAGGGUGCGACGCAUAGGAAUAACAUGCAAUCGAUCGACCGGGUGCCUUGCAUGGGAUAUUACAUGGCUCGUCGUAGUCAUACGUAUAUCGAUUUCUGUAAUCGCCAUGACCUGGUUUUGUGGAAUGGCCCAGCAGUAAUGGGUCGUGGCACAUCACCUCCAGCGUUUUUGCUGUUAAUUUUUUUAAAUUUUUUGUCAGGGUUUUUUCUUGUUAUUUAUUCCUUCGUCUAUGCUUGUUGUUUAUUCCUUCGUCUACAGAGCUCGCGCAAAUCCACCUCGCAGGUGUUCACUGGUUUGUAUACAUCAGCUUGUCCAUCCAAGUAUGCAUUUGUGUGUCAUUGUAUUC